AUGAGUGAUGUUUUGUCAAAAUCGUUUCCAAAUUUCGAUGUAAAAAUUCAAAAACAAGACGGCACAACAUUUACAAUAUCGUAUCAUGAUUUUGUUCAUCAUAUUUUGUUACUUCGUCAAGUAAUUAAACAUCCGGAAAUGACACAAGAAGGAGAUAUAUUAGAGAAAUUCAUUAAACAAUAUUGUGAAAAAAUGGCACGGCAACAAAUGAAAUUCAAACAUCAACAAUUGAAGCUUUCAUGGCAAAUUGAUUGGAUUUGGCAUGUACAUCGUCUUCACCCACUUGCUUAUUACGAUGAUUGUUGUAAACAGCUUGUAGACGGUGAGCCUGUAGAUCAAAAGGUUCAAACAUUUCCAACAAAUUAUAACAAUGAAUAUGAUACAACUACUUCGAAUUCAUCAACAAACAGUCAUGUGAAUUUUGUUCCUUCAAUCGAUUUAGUUCAAGCAGUGCUUCGUCAACGUGAUUUUCUUAAUAAGUUCAAGAAACAUAUUUUUUACACAUGCAAUUUAGAAAAGAUGAAUAGAUCAUUAUUUGUGAAAUUGGUACAAAAGUAUGUUUUAUUUAUGAAAUUAGCUCAGCAAAAUGAUAUUAUUGUACCAACAUUUAAUAUUGAUUUGAUAUGGCAUACACAUCUAAGAUAUCCAAUGCACUAUCGAGCAUGUUCAAUAGCUGUAUGCGGUUUUGUCCUUGAUCAUAAUGAUUCGAUUGAAGCAAGUGUUUUAACAGAUGCCUUUCAAAAAACAGCUGAUCGAUGGAAGAAGGCAUAUAAUUCAAGUAUAAUAGAUGACGUUGGAAAAACAACUGUAAUACCAUCGCGAGAUACUAGUUUUACUCAUACGGUUCUUGCGUCUAUUUUCAAUGACAGUUUCGUAGGGAUCGAAAGUGGAUUUGAAUCCAAUGGUGGAGAUGUAGGCGACUCGAGCGGUGGGAAUGGAGAUGGAUCAAAUGGUGAUGGUGGAGGUACGUCGAAUUGUGGUGGUGGAGGUGUAUCAAGUUGUGGUGGUGGAGGUGCAUCAAGUUGUGGUGGAGGUGCAUCGAGUUGCGGCGGCGGAUGUGGAGGAGGUUGUGGUGGUGACUAA